ACAGUAUGAUGAAACCUUUCCAAAUAGUGUCAGGGAUUUAAAAAGUUAGACAUUUGCUCAGAUUUAACUCAAACAUUAGAAGCAAAAUGGCUAAACAAAAAUCUGAUGUAAUAUUAAAGCAAGUAGUAAUAGUAAAUAAUAGUAAUAGUAAAAAUGUAACCUAACGUCAUACGAUACUUUUAUGCUAAAAUGCACGGUUCUGCGCAAACUUUGUGGCGACACGAUGCUCUCAAACGCAAACACUGGGGCGUACAACGCUGCGCAUGACGCGUGCACGAUUCUAGCGGGAAGUUGUAUUGAUAAUACGGGAGAGAAGUGUGUAUGUGCUGUUAGUUCAUAAGGUCUGCAGUAAAUGUUGUAACGUGCUAAUUAGGUUCGAAUCGUGCCAGUUAAUUAUCUAACAAAUGUUCAAACAUGUCAUGUGAAAGUCAGCGUUUUAAGCUCUACCCUGUCUGUAAGUGCAUUGGGAAGUGUUUGUAGUUCAGGAUCUGAGAGACUUCCAGGAAUUAUGACAGAAUCUUGCUCAGAGCCAGCCAGAGCAAUCAGGGCCAUAGAUAAACAGUCAGUGCAUCAGAUCUGCUCUGGGCAGGUGGUGUUGACUUUGGCCACAGCUGUGAAAGAGCUGGUGGAGAACAGCAUAGAUGCGGGUGCUACACAAGUUGACAUCAGGCUCAAGGAGAGCGGGAUAGAGCUGGUGGAAGUCUCUGACAAUGGCCGAGGUGUGGAGGAGGAGAACUUUGAAGGCCUGACUUUAAAGCACCAUACAUCGAAACUGAGAGAUUUCUCCGACUUAAUUCAUGUUGAGACAUUUGGAUUCCGGGGAGAAGCUCUGAGCUCACUGUGUGCUCUUAGUGACCUCACUGUGGUGACCUGUCACGAAAGUAGCCAUAUCGGGACUCGGCUCGUCUUUGACCACAACGGCCGUCUUGUCCAGCGAGCCCCCCAUCCCCGGCAGCAGGGGACCACCGUCAGCCUUCAGCAGCUCUUCUCCACCCUGCCGGUUCGACACAAGGAGUUCCAGCGCAACAUCAAAAAGGAGUUUAGUAAGAUGGUCCACAUCCUGCAGUCUUACUGCAUCAUUUCCACUGGUGUGCGCAUCACAUGCACUAAUCAGCUCGGCCAAGGCAAGCGUAACACAGUAGUGUGCACCAGCGGGAGCCACAGCAUGAGGGACAACAUCGGAGCACUGUUUGGCCCGAAACAGCUCCAGAGUCUACUUCCAUUUCAGCAAAUAUCUCCAAAUGAGAGUAUUAAAGAAGAUUAUGGUUUAACUGGGGAAGAACUCCCUAAAGACCUUUUCACGAUCUCUGGUUAUGUAUCACAAGCCGAUCAUGGUGUGGGACGAAGCGCGACUGACCGGCAGUUUUUCUUUAUUAACAACAGGCCUUGUGAUCCUUCCAAGGUUUCUAAGCUUGUAAAUGAAGUCUACCACAUGUUCAACCGCCAUCAGUACCCAUUUGUUGCUCUAAACAUUUCUGUUGCUUCAGAAUGCGUCGAUGUCAAUGUUACACCGGAUAAGCGCCAGAUAUUUCUGCAGGAGGAGAAGCUGUUGCUUGCGAUUCUUAAGAGCUCUCUCAUUGCCAUGUAUGAGACUGGAGUCAAUAAAAUCAGACUCAACAAUACACCUCAAAUCUCAGGCAGUUUUUCCAGAUGUAGUGAUUCUGAUAUUAAUUCAGAAGGUCCUCGAAAAACUUCGCUGACUGGACUGACUCCAGACAAUGAUUCAGAGACUUUGACACACACCCCGAAGACAUCUUUUAACUUAGCUGGACUUAAGGCAGCAUUUUCAAAACAGCAGGUUCCUGCUAUUGGAACAAAGUCCUCCGAUAAUAAAACUGUUCAUGAAGGUCCAACACAAAAAAAGAUGCAGUCGUUUUUCCAUUGCUCAGAAAAGACUAGCUACAGCAGAUCAUCAGAUGCUGCUUCAAUAAAAGCAACUUUACCCUUAGUAGCUCUGAAAUCCAGUCUAACCAAGCACGAGAACAAGUCAGACAUGGAGGCUGAUUCGUGUCUGUCUGAUCACAGCUCCGUUAUUGACACCCCAGAGACUCUUUCUGGAAAUCGUUCUGAAUUUGACUCUCCAGACUCAGGUUUAGAGGAACCCAGCAUUAAAACAGAGCCUUACAGGGAGUCUGUAGAUAAAGUGCAUGACGGUUUGCAAACUUCAGAGCAAGAGCCUGGGUCUGUUAUUUAUACUGAAAAUGUUUCUAGUCCCAAGGCAAAAAAAUGUAGGUGGGAUGAUAACCUAUCAGAACAGCCCCAACUUACAUCCUCCAGUGUGAGUGGUGCUUCAUGUGGAGUGUUUGACAAACCAGUAAGCAUGCAGAAAAAAACUGUGCCUUUGCAGUUUUCAAUGACCGGACUGAUUAAAAAAAUGGAGAGACUAAAGACACGGCAACGAGAGCAGAACGAGUCUGAGCCAAAAUAUAGACGCUUCAGGGCAAAGAUUAACCCUGGGGAUAACCAAAGUGCCGAGGAUGAGUUGAAGAAAGAGAUAAGCAAGGACAUGUUUAAGGAGAUGGACAUCAUUGGUCAGUUCAACCUGGGUUUUAUUAUUACCAAGUGUAAGUCGGAUCUUUUUAUUAUCGACCAGCACGCCACUGAUGAAAAGUACAACUUUGAGAUGCUGCAGCAGCAUACUGUCCUAAAUGGACAGAGACUUAUUGUUCCGCAAAAUCUCCAUCUUCCCGCUGUAAGUGAAACUAUUCUGAUGGAAAAUCUUGAAAUCUUCAAGAAAAAUGGCUUUGACUUCUUUAUUGAUGAGAAUGCACAAGUCAUGCAGAGAGUGAAGCUGAUAUCUGUACCCACGAGUAAGAACUGGACCUUUGGCCCAGGAGACAUUGAAGAGCUCAUCUUCAUGCUUAGUGACUGUCCUGGCGUCAUGUGUAGGCCCUCUCGAGUUAGACAAAUGUUUGCAUCAAGAGCAUGCCGCAAAUCAGUGAUGAUUGGGACUGCACUGAAUAGCAGUGAAAUGAAGAAGCUUGUGGUCCACAUGGGGGAAAUCGAGCAGCCCUGGAACUGUCCUCACGGACGGCCGACCAUGAGACACCUGGUCAACCUUGAUGUCAUUUCUCAGGACUGAGGACUGAUAAUUUUUAUUUUUAUUUUUUUGGAAUGCUGUAUAUUUAAAGCAGCUGUUUUUCUUUCAAUGUUUUAGUACACAUACUGUUAAUUCUUUUUAAACUUUGUUUGUUUGUCGUGUGUAUAUUGUAUUUAUUUUUCUGUGAUCAUUCAACUUGCUUUUAUAUUCGCGUUUAAGUCUGAAUUUCUUUACGCUAAUAAAGAGC